AUGGGGAACGUGUUAAAGCAAACAACAUUUAAUCCGAAAGCAAUAAAUAAAACACUACUUCUAGGGAAGAUUGAUACCGACACCAGACAGUGGAUGGAUGGCGUUUUGACCAGUUGCAGCCUGCAAGUGACCUCUGAACCACCAGACACCUGGUCGUGGAUAGUAUGUGAUGGUGAUAUUGACCCUGAGUGGAUAGAAUCGCUAAAUUCAGUUCUAGACGACAAUAGACUUUUGUCGUUACCUUCGGGUUGGCAAAUAAAAUUUGGGCCAAAUGUUAAUUUUGUUUUUGAAACCCAUGAGCUGAGCCAUGCUUCUCCAGCAACUGUUUCUAGACUUGGUAUCGUUUUACUUAACGAAGAGGACUUCACUGUGACAAACUACUUGGACGGAAUUGUGAACAGUCUGGAGGAUGAUGUUGGAGAUCUUUUGAAACAUUAUAUCCCUGAGUAUUUCUAUAAAGCUUUUGAUUGGGCAAAAGAUGAGGGUAAAUUCCCCCUUUCGAAAUCAAAUUUGUCAAUUGUAAAGACUGCCUUCCAACAUCUCUACGACGCCAAAACGAAAACUCAAUUUUUGGUUGGAUUGUUGAACGGUCUUGGAAGUCAAUUGUCUAGAGAUUGCAGAAACGUAUUUAUAAAACAGGUAUUUGAUUCGUUUGGAGAAAUGUGUCCAAAUCCUUCACACUUUCUUCUCUACGAUGAACGCUCGGAUAACAUAGAAAGCUACGAUACAGACGUAGACAUUACAUUUUCUGAAAAACAUAUAGAAGACAUUCCCCUUGUUAAAACUGCUUUAAUAAAUCAUAGUUUAGAUCUUCUGAGGAAAUGCCUUACACCAGGAGAAGAGAGACAUUUUCUGCUGGUGGCUGAACACGGUUCUGCCAAAUC